CGGAGAACUGUACAUCAGAAACAGACAAGGUCCGUUUAUUGGGUCACCGCCUCGAACAUUGUCAGAUUCUGUUCAACCAGUGUGUUUUAAAGUGCGCCCUCUUUGAUUCUACCAACAAUGCAUAGAAAAGCUGUAGCGAUAUUGUACGUUGUAGUAAUGGCGGAGUUGAUGUCAUAUGCAGUCUGUCUUCCAGUAAAUGGAACCAGUGAUGCAUUAACAUUCGACGAGUUUGCAAAAAUCGAACGUGCCAAUUUAAUGCAAUACCAGUCAGCUAAGUUGGCGAAACUAGAGGUACCGAACGCAGUAACGACAUUGACACCCAGUGAAGCCAUUGCUAUACAGAGUACGUGGUUAUUUGUGUAUGAAGAUAAAGAGGAGAAUGGCGUGGAAUUAUUUGUAAAACUGUUCACGGAGCACCCCGACUAUCAGGCACUCUUCGGUUACCUGGAAGGUAUUGUCGGCAUUGAAAAUAUAAAGAAUGUGCCAUUUUUGAGAGUACACGCUUCCCACGUCUUAAUAUACCUUAACACGAUGCUAGAAAGUUUGAACGAUGGAACCAUAUUAGUGGAACUACUCAAGACUCUUGGAUACACUCAUGUGGGUCUGAAUCUAACCCCGGAACACUUUGAUGCAUUGGGACCUAUUCUUAUUUCCUUACUCCAGGAGAAAGGCGGCGACAGCUUCACUCCAUUUGCCGAGAAAGCAUGGCUGAAAGGCUGGGGCGUCAUGAAAUCUGUUAUCGUAGGUGCAUUGGAAAAUGGCUACCAGUUAGAAGACGGUCUUGGUUACUAG